CGCGGGGCGCCGCUCUGGCCGCCGCCUCGUUGGUGCCGGGGAGGCGGUGGGCCGCCAUGGACCGUAACCCGUCGCCGCCCUCCAGCGAGGCGGAGGAAGAGGAGGGUGACGCGGUGGGGAACACGGUGUACAGCAAGCACUGGCUGUUCAGCAUCCUCAGCCGCCUCAUCGAGGUUAUUAGCCCCGAGAAGACAGAGCCCACUGUAAGCCCCGAGGAAACCCAGACGGAGCUGGACGAAGAGAUGGAGAAUGACAUUUGCAAAGUGUGGGACAUGUCCAUGGAUGAGGAUGUCGCUUUAUUUCUUCAGGAGUUCAACGCCCCCGAUAUAUUCAUGGGAGUUUUUGCCAAGUCAAAAUGUCCUCGCCUUACUGAAAUCUGUGUGGGAAUAUUAGGAAAUAUGGCCUGUUUCCAAGACAUAUGCAUGUCCAUUAGUAAAGAUGAGAAUCUUGGCCAAGUGUUACUGCAACGUUUGUGUGAUUCAGACUCCCCGACUCUUCUGGAAACGAGCAGGUUGUUGUUAACUUGCCUCUCCCAGCCUGAGGUUGCUAAUGUCUGGGUUGAGAGAAUCCGAGAAAACCCUUCCGUGUAUGACUGUGUGUGCUUUAUCAUGUCCAGCUCUACAAAUGUUGAAUUGCUGGUAAAAGUGGGUGAAGUGGUGGACAAACUCUUUGAUCUAGAUGAAGAGCUAAUGUUAAACUGGAUUAAAAAUGGUACUUGUCGGUCUGUGGGACCAUCUGUAGAUGAUUCCCCUGAAGAACUUCCAGAUUUCAAGAUUGUGCCUUGUAUACUUGAAGCAGCCAAACAAGUCCGAUCAGAUAAUCCGGAAGGACUUGAUGUUUAUAUGCAUAUCUUGCAGCUUCUGACCACGGUGGAUGAGGGUAUUCAGGCUAUUGUGCAGGCUCCUGAUGGAGGAAAAGAGACUUGGAGUUUGCUUUAUGACCUCGUUUGCCAUGAACUUUGCCAGCCAGAUGACCCACCGAUCAUUGUGCAGGAGCAGAAGACUGUGUUGGCCUCUAUUUUGUCCGUGCUGUCUGCUAUGUUUGCUUCACAGACAGAACAAGAAUACACCAAGAUGAGGAAAAAUAUGCCUCUGAUUGGGAGCUUGAUUCGUAUCUUACAAUACAUGGAGGGCUGUGGGAAGAGAGCUGUUGAUAACUCAAAGGAAUCCGAACAAGAAGACACUGGAGGGGCUGAUAUUAAUGAGGAAGAUUUCCAUUUAAAAAUUUUGAAGGAUAUUUGCUGUGAAUUACUUUCCAAUAUGCUUCAAGAACUGACAAAGGAAAAUACAUUAGAAGGACUACACCAGGGACAUUUAAAUGAACAGACAUGUUCCUGUGCAUUUCAGAACCUCUUACCUCUGUAUUUUGCAUCAGUGGAGAGUUUCCUUGAAGUUCUGCGUGAGGCUGAUCAGACACUUGCUGACAAUUUAGAAAAAUGUUUCCCAAGCCUGAAGGUUCAUGCCUGAGAAUAUACAUGAAAUAUUUUCCUUCUUUGGAGUGAAGAUUUUUGACUGUUUCAUUACAGUGUUUCAGAAAUCAGGUUCAGAAAAUGCAGGAGAACGAGGCAACCUCCUUACCAACAGGUGGCUUUUAAGAAAUUUUCCAGGUUAAUCUGAUCUGCCUGGGGAAGGAAAUUGGUGUAAAUUCAGUUCUGCAUCUUCCAUCCUGUUGGCUCUGGUGAUGAGAGACUGUUGAUUUCUAAUUGCUUCUCUGCAGUGUAGUUUUCUUGGAAAAACUCUUGAUUCUGUCCUUUUCAAUUUAAGUUGAAACAGCAAAAUCAAUGAAAUGCACUAAAUAGUUUUUUAUGAUGCUGGUUUCUUCCACUUUGCUGUUGGCAAAAAGAGGAUUGAUCAAUAGGAAAUCCCAGAUGUCCUCUGCCUGAAGACCUUCAAGUACCUGAUAAAAACAGAGUUAAAUUACACAGUUGUUUGUGUUUGGUUUUGGUUUUUUUUCUCUUUGAGAUUGUAUGAGUACCUUGAGCAGGUAUGGCAACAGAAACGUUUCAUCCUGCUUCUUUAAAAUCUUCAUACUUCUUACACUGAAGUGUCUUCUGCACCUCAGCUCUGAGUUGUGGCGUCUAGGUCCUGUGCAGUUUAAAGGAUUUGAGAGCAUGGUUACCAGUGGUCUGUGCUGCAGCUUCCAACCAUUGCAGCCAGUUAUCCAGAGUUAGAGUUGCAGGGCAGGUUUGGAUUUUAUUUGUGGCAUACUUGCAAACUUUCUGCUUUUGUAAAGCAGUCUCCGCUUCCUUUUAGGAAUGUAAUGUGUAUCGGACCGUUCUUUCCUCAUUUGUGUGUCUUAAGAAUUAUCUGUGAAUGACAUUAGAAAUGCCGUGUUAGCCUUGCUUUUUCAGGGGACCUUGAGGUGUUAGGUCACUUACAGUAAAUUCAGUCUUCUAAAAAUCCCCUUUUUAAUUUCAUUAUGUUUUAACUGCAUUAGAUUUUUAGAUCAUGUGCCUGCAUGCAGUACAGCUAACAUAUUCAGUGUCUGAAAAGACAGUAUAACAACACAUCAGCUUCACUGUUCUUAUAAAUGAGAGUAAAAAACAAUUGGUCUUUGUUAGGUUUGAGAUGUAAAAGAAAAUGGGAACCAGAGCAUAGAGAAUAACUUUCUACUAUAUACACACAUUCCCUGGCUCUCCAGGUUUUUAUAGACUUUAAGUAUUGUGCUGGGCCAUGUUUUGUUUGCCUCGAGUUACCUAUACAUGUGGUAAAAUACGGUAUGUGUAUAUGUAUAUAGCUUUCUCAUCCAAACUUCCAGUUCUCAAAAACUGUGCAAUUUAAUCAUUCCCUUGGGCUGCCAGCAGCAUCUUGGUUGUCAGCAGGGGAUUUGAAAUUACAGAUAUCUGACUUGUGUCACCAAAAAGAAUUGUCAUGGUUUCUAUCAGUUUUUGUAUGCUAUGUUUAUUGGAGAAAGCUGGUAACUGUGAAUAGGAUGACAGCAUUUUUCAUACUACUUUGACAGUUUUGGGAUAUUUUCUUAAACCUAUAGAUUUGUAAUAAACUUUCUUUUAAAAAAACCCUGUACGCUCUCCUUCAUUCUAAGUGUCAGUUAGACUUGUUUUCUGAGCCACUGGAAAUCUCUGUUACUCUGAAAUAUGUCAUUUGUCAGAGGAAAAUUGAACCUCUUUGUAAUGUCUCAAUGUCCUGUAAAAUACGUUGUUGAUCACUGGAUAUUCAUUUGGACUCUCUUUGGCUUUCUUUGCUUAGUCAUUUUUAUGGUCUGGAAGUUAAUCUGUCUUUCAUGUAGUUGUUAACAUUUUUCUGAGCUUAAUUUGUCCCCAGAUGUAUUCUAAGUAUCUCCGUGAUAGCCCACUAUAGUUAGAAUUAUUUCUGGUUUGUGUCUCUUGAAAUUUGUUGGAGUCAUUGAAAUUUUGUAGUAGUUGUUUAAUGUAACAUACAAAAACCCUGAGACAGGAUCUGUUGUUUUAUUUUGUUCCUUGUUCUUUCCAAUACGCAAAUACCCAGUAUUGCUGCUUAAUUGUUAAAUGUGGUAUCACUAAUUACAGUGAGUAGAUGAGAUAUAUAAUUUCCCUGAUAUAAUUGUUGCCUAAGUGGGAUGAUACCCAAUGCCUGUCGUGCUAGAAAAAAUGGCCAGUGGCAGUAAGUGGGAAAAGAGCUGGGUCUCAUCCUGCAAGAAGCUGUAGAAAUGGGUCAGUCAGCCUUGCUUCAGCAGAAUGCUAGUUAGGUGUGCUGGGUGUUUUUAUCCUUGGUAAGCCUGGUGAAAUGGAGACUGAAUUCCCCCUUUACCCCGCCGAACCGCUGCCUUUGUGCAGGCUGCGCUGCGUUGGCUUUGGGAGCCAGAGGCUGGUGUCAAAUGGAAUGCGAGCUAACCCUGCGGUGGGUUUGGCGUUCGCGUCACGGGAGAAAGGUGCGGUUGAACGUGGUGCGCCUGUAUUUCAGCACCUUGCCAGCAGGGAUCUCCCUUAGCCUGUGCUUCAUGAGCAUCAUGUGCCUGGGUUUUUGGUAGUGUUGGGGGUUUUUUGAGGGGCAGGGUUGGGGGUGUGUUUGGGUUUAGGGUUCUUUGGUGUUGGUUUUUUUUUUUUGUUGUUUUUUUUUUUUUGUUCCCUCCCCUAGCCAUUCUCUGACACCAGCUGGCAAGCCAGAUCUCUCGGGGCCAGUUGAUGCAGAAUGGACAUCUAUCUACAAGUAGCUUUCUUCCAGACCAAAGAUCUGAUUACCUCCGUAACAUCCUCCUUUGGGGAAAAAUCAGAAGUACUUGUCACUGCUUUGUGCAGAGGUCUGAAUAAAAUGUGGGUGUCUGAAGCAUUGAACUAAAGUAACCGGAACUGGGUCCUGCUCAGCCAGGGCUGGAUGUGAACUGUGGCAUGAGAACACCUAGAAAAUAAGGGGCAGAAAUCGUACUGGAAGGCCUAAUUUUAAAUUAGGCUUAAUAGAUCCAUCUAAUUUCAUUCAAAGACAGGAUUCUAACUUUCUUUUGACUCGCACUUUAUGUACGUUUGGCAUCUUUAAUCCCAAUAGUAACUUUUUCCUGCAGGGGCAAAGCCCAUAAAACCAAAGACACUGGAUAUGUGGGGAAAACCCCAAUGAUAUUAGAGCGCUUCAUCUGCUCCCUUGAUGUGAGGAGGUGGUUGCUGCUUUUGAUAGCCUAAUGCUUGCCCAGCGUUCAUGUCACAAACCUGUCCUUUCUGUUAUAAACCUAAUGUGCUGGGGAGUUCUUUUCUAUGCUUCCCCAUAUUCAGGUCACGCUGCUUUCUUAAUUUUCUGUCAUUGAUUUUUUUAGUUCGUAUUUUCUUCCAACUGCCAUGGUGAUUCCUUUUUCUGUAAGAUUAUAUGUUAGAGUUGACCUGUAACAACUGUAUAACUACCUUUUCCUGUAACUAAGCUGACUGCAAAAAAAAAAAAACGAUUUAAAAACCCCCUGUAUUUGUAAGUCAACUAUCUUUGUAGUUUGUUACACCGGUAUGAAAAGGUACGGAAACAUUACUAUGGUUGUGCUUGUUUGUUGUGAAAAUCUGUCCUCUUUCCAACAGCCUUAUUUUGGCUGUUACUGAGCGUUACAAAAGCAGCAGCAUCUCUGUUACCUUUUCCACUCAAGAAUUUGCUUUUGUUUCUAGAGCAGAGCCUCUUGGUCACAGCAGUUCCUUAGCAUAUCCUUUAUUUUCCCCUCAAAAUUAAAUGUUGUUCGUUCUUCCUUUUUAAUGCUUGCAGUUUACUUUUGGUUUUUUUGGUUGUUCUAGAAAAUGAUGAAAUUCAUGUGCUGUGACAAACUCAAUGAGAAAGGAAGAACCUGCUACACCUGAGGCAAGUACGUCUGCUGUAAUAUAUACAAUUUCUCAAAAAUCAUGUGAAGGCAAAUAAAAGCAGUGAGCAGCUGUG